CCCCCAAAAAAGCCUGGAAACAAAAAAUUGUUGUACUGUGUUUUAAAUUUCACUUGUUUUGUAGAUGGCUGAACAGCAGAGACAGCAAAUAGAGAUUGCACAAAGACGGGAUGAGAAUCGUAAUCCUCCUGAUCCAAUGACAACAGAAGCUGCCGCCGUUAUGCGUGAGAUGGGCUACUCUGCGGAACGUACAAGGGAGGCAAUCUUAGCCGUUAGACAACAAACAGGGUCAGCAAUGGUCACUACCCAACAAGUUUUGACCUGGUUACUGGACGCUGAAGAAAGAAGAUUAACUGGUAAUUCAAGUAACACUGAAUUAGGCAUUAGACCUCCACCUAUGUCCUAUUCUACAGCAACUUCUAUUGUCGACACCAGCGCUCCGUCAUCUAUUGUGUACACGGGAACCAGUAUCUCAUCUUCAAUUGUAUACACUGGAACCAGCAUAGAUACUUCAGUUGUUAACACGACUUCAAGCAUUUCUACCGCAACAUCUAUAGUCAAUGCUGGGACCACCACAUCUACUGUGAGUUCAACAUCAACUACUGCCACGGCUGAAGUCCAGCACACUGGUACUCCAGCAGGAGCAGAAAGCUCUGGAACUGGGAAACAGCAGACUGGUUCAGGGAAUAGUUCCAGUUCUAAUUCAGCCAGUGGAGCCAGCGUAGAGAAGCAAUCUGGAGCAUCUGGCGGGGACAGUGACGAGUCGAAAUCAGCAGCCAAAGAAGAUGCAAGCAGUAGCGUGCCUACAAACAAAACUACAAAGAAGAAAAAUGCAAAGAAAAAAGCUAAAAAUAAAGCUGCAGCAAAAUCAGAAACAGCUGGUGCCACAGGAGGAGAUAUAGAUGCAAAAUCUUUGAAGGCAGAAAAUGAAAAGUUAAGAGAAAUGCAGACUUGCAAGAUUUGUAUGGAGCGAGCAGUAAACACAACCUUAUUGCCAUGUGGACAUUUAGUAUGCUGUGAUACCUGUGCUGCACGAUUACAGAGAUGUCCUAUAUGCAGAAAGAGGAUUAAAGGAACAGUGAAAACAUUCAUGUCUUGAAGAGAGACUGGGACUUACUUCCAUCCUAAUAUCUCACUAAUAUCAAAUAAUAUGACCUAAGCAACGGUUAAUAUCACAUCAAAGUUCAGAUUGCUUAACAGAAUUCAGCAUGCAGAAAACUCAGCUCCCCAAGCUUCUGCUGGCCAAGGUCAAAGGGUCAGAAGGCAUAUGAACAAAAAGGAUAUGUCAGUGUUAAACAACUAUUUUUCAUGUGCCUCCAUAACAUAUAAUCUGUCAGUAACUAAGUUUCAAAGCCUUCUUAAGAAAUAAAGCAAUAUACCCUGAUAUCUAGAAUUUUUCUCUUAUUGUUUUAUGGUCUGGAGGUCAGUGCCUUUAAGCUGACUUAAAAUAAUAGUCUUACUCAGAAAUAAAUAACCACUUGGAUAUUUAAAACACUUCAGAAAAGUCAUCAUAUGCCUUCUAACCUUUAUAUGUAUGACCAAUGUAGAAGUUUGGUCAGUGGAGGAGAGAACAACUGUACUUGGGGGAGGGGUUACAGUUAAUUUGUUGAAAUCUCAGAAGUGACUUCAUGUCUACCAUGUCUGCUGAAGUCUUGUAUUAACAAGGUAGGAAACUCUAUUGAUAACAAUGCAAAAUUAUAGCAAACAAGUGUUAGUAUCUCUUAAACUCAAUAUUGAUAUGUUAGAAAUAUGUUUAUGUUAGAAGAAUUCAUAAGGUCUAGUUACAAAUAAAUGGUAGUUGAAUAGUUGUAAUGUUUUUUAUAAUAGUAGAAUCUAAAUAUGGAUGCAACUUCACAACAGAUCUAUCUAAAAUAUUUGAGAGGAAAGUUUUUGAAUGGAAUUCCAACAAAAAAGUACAGCUAUGAUUUCAUUAUUAAUACAGUACAUUAAUCUAAGUGUUGUAUUCAGCUCGAGUUGAUUUUAUCAGGCCUGAACACCAGAAAGUGUAACUUAGACAGAAGCGAUCAUGUCUGGAAUUUCGUUAAAAGACAAUGAAGUCUGUUGAAAUUGAUUCAUUUGAUGAAUUGAUUUGAAAGGAGACUGUUUUACAGUCUUAUUGUUCUAUUUUUGCCUGAUGAAAGUACUUUAUUAACAUCAACAGUAGUGCAGACAUUAAAGAAAUAAGUAUUGUUUUCAAGGAAGCUUAUAAGCCAUAGAUGUAAAUGGCUUAAGAGGUGUGGUUUUGCUACCUUUAGAGGUCAUAUUUUAAAUACUGUAACGUCUCUUAUUUAUAAAGCUUAACUUUCAAGAAACUUACAGAGAUAUGUACUUUUAGUUAUUUUUUUAUAGAAGAUGAAGUAACAAAUGCACUAACUUACAUUUUUUACAUAAAUACCAACAUGAAAAGAUGUAUUAGAUCCAGAUUUAUAUUUGAAAAUCUGAAUAGUUACUUCAUCUUAAAAUUAGCAUGUUUUUUUGUGAAUACACAGUACUGUGUGUUAGGUUUGAAAUACUGUACAAACAUGUAUAUCUAAGCACAGUGUAAAAGUGUACUACUACUGAAAAACUGAAAGAUUUUUAAACAGUCACGGUUAUAUAUGACCUUUAAUUGUGAGUGUAGCUGUACAAACACAGUUUAUGUAUUUAUUCAAGUUUAAUUCAUUUAAUGAGGAUUUACUACAUUUAAAGUUAGUAUCUCAAACUAAACUAUUUUAGAGGAAGAUAAACUUUGGUCACUUUCUUGAUUAUCAUUAAGUCAUAUUAUUAUUAGCAUUUUGUCUGUGUAUUAAAUGGUAUAUUGUGUAGAGUACCAUGUAUAAAAUUGGUGUGUUGUAUUUGAAAAAAAAAGAUAUAAAAAAAUGUAGAAAAAUCACCAGUUGCUAAAAUCAUUGUAUAUACAGCCAUAAGGUACUUGCAUCUAUGUAGAUAGUUUACUUUUGAAAAUGUUGUUUAAAACAGGAGGAUGUUUGAAUAGUUUUAUUUGUAUGUGUUUUUGUUUGUUUGUUUUAUUUUGUCUUUCAAUAUACACUUACAAACUUGUGUUAAGAUAAAGAUAUAAUAUUGUAGACCUGGCUGAAAGGAAUUUAUCAACAUUUUCUGUCUGUUCCUCAUAUUUUCAUCAUACACACAAAUUAUGGUCUGAUACCUCUAGAAGCCUGUUAUUGUGCCCAGCUUCCAUUAUAUUUUCUCUUCAAGACAACUGUGAUUGGUAUCGAAUUUCCUAGUCAUCAUUUUUUGUGUACCUGCUCAUGCAGCACUCUCGGGUAAUCAAGUGAACUAAUUCAAGGGUUAUAUAAUAUCAAGAAUUAUAAUGCCUGGCUUUUUUUCUCACUGGGUUGAAAUAAAAUAUUUCAAUUUCUUCUUUUAUUUGUGUGAACUUAAAACGAAAGAAUUAUUUGGUGUAAAAAUAUUUGGAUGUGUAUGUCAGGAUGGUUCUUUGACAGGUUUACAAUUUAUGAUAUCUUAAAUUAGCGUAGAUAUGUUAACAGAAUUUUUGCAGUGACAAGUGACAUAUAUAUUUAUGUUCUGAUAGUUUAAUUGUUUAGUAUAUUGCUUUCAAUGUUUACUGACGGUGUUGGUGCCAGACUUUUUAUUUGAAUGUUUUAUAAAUGGUAUAUAAAGUAUAUUAAAGUUUGUAUGUAGGUAUCCAUAGGGUAUCAGAAUUAUCUACUGUAGGUGAUGUUUAACGAAGAAUUUUACAAAUUUAAUGUACUAGUAUACAGGCAUUAUUUUCUAUGUAUUUCUCAUCUUAUGUAUUGAUAUGCAAAAUAUGCCCAUGACAUAAUUUUUAUGUAAUUCAGUAUGUGUUAAUACAUGUUGUUAAGUGAUCAGUACUUCGAAUGGUAAGUUUUGCUGUAUUUCUGUAAUAUUACAUGUACUUACAAGAUACAUGUAGAAUGCAGACAACUAAAAUGCCAUACCUUUAUUAUAUUCUUUCAUUCAUAUAUAUAUUAUACCACCAUUAGAACAUAUUCAUUAAUGCACAUGUAUUUUAAUAUUGUCAGUGAUUCAAAAAUAUUUAUAUUUCAGUCCAAGAAAUUACAAUGUGUUACUUUUUCUGUUGUAUGUCAUUGAUUAUGUCUGUAUAUUAUUGCAGAAAUGCUUUUAUUAUGUAUUGUACGGUAUUAAAAUUUGAAUUUUUGUGA